AUGGCGCCUAGAUCCUGGCUAGAUAUCGCCCCUGACUCCCCUUUCUCCCUCGCCGACAUUCCUUUCGGAAUAAUCACAACACCUGUUUCAUCUUCUCCGCACGUCGGAGUAGCAACUGGAGAACAUGCUCUUGAUCUCUCCGUGUUCGCCUUAUGUUCGGGCUCCUCGGACUGUCCGGCGAUCACAUCACAUCUCGAGGUUUUCUCUCAACCCGCCCUCAACGACUUCGCAGCACUAGGGCGCGCCGUCCAUCGAGAGAAUGCUGGUGCCCUGAUUCGCGGCAUCGACAAUGCCCUACACCCGAACUAUAUGCACCUGCCUGUCGGCUACCAUGGCCGAGCUUCCUCAGUGGCUGUCUCUGGCACUUCGAUCCGCAGACCGCAUGGCCAGGUCAUGGAAAACCCGACUGCAGAAGUUCCAAAGCCGAUCUUCACUCCUUCCAAACGUCUGGACUUCGAGCUUGAGCUGGGUACGUUCGUGUGCAAGGCCAACAAGAUGGGGGAGCCGGUGUCAAUCAAAGAGGCGGAGGAGAAUAUCUUCGGCUUGGUUCUGAUGAACGACUGGUCUGCAGGGGACAUACAGGCAUGGGAAAUGGUACCACUUGGGCCAUUCAAUUCGAUUUGA